GCUCGCGCAGCGAGAGCGGGCUCGUGGCACUUGACAUGGCGGCAGCGGCGGCGACUGCAGCGACGAAAGGGAAUGGGGGUGGCGGGGCCCGGGCCGGGGCUGGCGAGGCCGGUGGCUCGCGGAGGAGGAAGGGCCCGGGACCUCUCGCCACCGCGUACCUGGUCAUCUACAAUGUGGUGAUGACGGCGGGGUGGCUUGUUAUAGCAGUUGGUCUGGUCAGAGCAUACCUGGCUAAGGGUAGCUAUCAUAGCCUUUACUAUUCAAUCGAAAAGCCUUUGAAAUUUUUCCAAACUGGAGCCUUAUUGGAGAUUUUGCAUUGUGCAAUAGGAAUUGUUCCAUCUUCUGUUGUCCUGACUUCUUUCCAGGUGAUGUCAAGAGUUUUUCUAAUAUGGGCAGUAACACAUAGCGUCAAAGAGGUACAGAGUGAAGAUAGUGUGCUCCUGUUUGUUAUUGCCUGGACAAUCACGGAAAUUAUCCGUUACUCCUUUUAUACAUUCAGUCUGUUAAACCAUCUGCCUUACCUCAUCAAGUGGGCCAGGUACACACUUUUCAUUGUGCUGUACCCAAUGGGAGUGUCAGGAGAAUUACUCACAAUAUAUGCUGCUUUGCCCUUUGUCAGACAGGCUGGCCUGUAUUCCAUCAGUUUACCUAACAAAUACAAUUUCUCCUUUGACUAUUAUGCAUUCCUAAUUCUGAUAAUGAUCUCCUACAUUCCACUUUUUCCACAGUUAUACUUCCAUAUGAUACAUCAGAGAAGAAAGGUCCUUUCUCAUACUGAAGAACACAAGAAAUUUGAAUAGUUCCUGCUUCCCGCACCCUCCCCCACCCAAAAAGACAAACUUUUCAAAGAUCAAAAAAUGCUGCAGACUUUUUGAGUUCCCAAUCCGUUUGAUAAAAAUAAGUAAGAACUAUUUUUAAAAUAUUAAAAAAAAAAAAAAAACAGAAACCAAAACCCAGUGUCACACUGGCCUGGGAUUUUCUAUUAAAAAAAAGGUAAUAAAGCUGUUACAUAAAACAUCCUGCCUGGUCCACGUCAGCAUGCUCUCCCAACCAGCAGUCCCCAGUAUUUAUCAUGAUGGCGCUAGAAAGGGAUUUGGCAUUUUAUAUCCUCCUAUUUCCUUCCCGUAUCUGAUAAAUACAGAUCUGUAACACUAACUACUUGAGAGUUACAGUCUGAGUAAUGAAGUCGCACCAACUGAAUGCCCAGCCUGCAGUGGAGUUAUGUUCAGUCUGCAGUGUGUUUAGCGUUCCCUUUUCAAAGUGCUUGACUGCAUGCUGGAAACUCUUUGUAUUUUUGAAGCAGCAAACUUUGUUCUCUGGAAUGCUCUGAAGUUAUGACUGGGUCCUAGCCCCUCAUAUCUAGUGAAUGAGUUAAACAGUAUAUAUGUCUGUGAAGCUUGGGGUAGUACCCAUAAUCAGAAAACAACUAGAAUCCUUUUGUUUUCAACUGAGUCAUUACUGCCUGCCACUAAGAAACGUGCUUGAAUUUAAUAAGUAUGUAUACAUUGUAGAGAAGCUACCUUAUCUGGAGCUCAGCCUCGCUCAUAUUCUAACAGUUCUUAGAAAGGGGAAACUCGGUCACUGGUAAAUGACAAGUACCUUUCAGUGCCCUUCUCAGAGGAUCUCUGAGUAAUGUAUUUGCCUGUAACUUUUCUCGCCUACGGACCUGAAGCCAGGCUGGUCACAGGAGUAGAAAGCACAGGGAAGGUGUUACCUUAAAAAUCUAGUCCAGAAGAACAUUCAGGAAUAGGUUUACACACCCUUACUUUGCUUUUAAUUUUUCAUUCAACUCUUCUGUGUGGCUCCUUUUCCUGAUUAUGGUCCCGUGUAAUUCCCACCACAUUGUAAAUCCAAAGGCAGAGAGGUUUUCCAGUUAGGCAGUCGUGAGCUGAAAGCAGUAUUGGCCCUGCAUGUUGGAGCAGCCAAGAAACACUUUGGUCAUGUGGACCUUGUCUAAUUAAGCGUCGUGUCUUCGUUCCAUUUAACUGCUCAAUUGUGCAUUUAAGACCCUCCAAGAGAGGGUUAAAUGAAAAUGUAAAGCCCAAGUUCAGAUGUGUGUGAGAUUUUAAAUGCAGAAUAUUCUUUGUGAAACCUUUCUUCUUCUUUUUUUUUUUUUUAUUGGUUACACUUUAAAACUUCAUGUCUGGCUAACCAGCAUACUGAAUAGUUAUCGUUUAAAAUAUAAUUGCUAAUAUCAGAAGAGUAUCAUAAUGGAAAGAUAAUUUUUGAAUGUUUAUUUUCAUAGAAGAUGAAAAUGAGAAAAUAUGCACCCUAAAAUUUAAUGCAGACAGGUGUGAAAUAAAAUUUUAUUUUCGAAUUGAAUAUUAAAAUUCUGCUUCUUAAAGUCAGCACUCUUAACUUGGACAUGCUGGGACUAGAAUCUGUUCUGUUCUUGUACUGGAUAAACAAAAUAUGUGGGAAAGAUUGUUUUUAAUUGCCUUUUCUCUUUUUACUUUACCAAGAUGUCUUUCUACUGUAAAAUAGAAUAAAACUGGGUUGUAUUAGCCUUAUUAAUUGGGGUAAGAUUUUUGGAAUAGUUAUAGGAGAUGGGAUGAAAAAUGUAGGUUUUCCAGGAUUGCUAAGUUUUAUUCAGGCCUAUCUGUAAUUUUCACUAUGAAAAGCAGUCUGUCCUAGGUAGGCUGGUGGUAUUGCAUCAAAUUGAACUUUGGCAACAAGAGCACAGUGAACAACUCCCAUCUCAAAAAGGAUCUGAACCUCGGUGUGGUCUUAUACAUCAACAUUUAGAAUGCUCAUAGCAGACAAGUAAGGCCCGUCGCCACGUCCCUCAGUCACCUCUGUCAGUAACUACUUUAACAUGAAUUAGUUUCUCCUUUGAAGUGGUGGUGUUGGUUCGUGAAUUGAGAACAUCUAACUCCACUGAAUGUCCCAUCUCCUUAGGAAGUGUGAAUGAGGAAGAUGGUGUUUUGGUGACUUUCUUGUUAGGCUGAUUUUUUUUUUUUUUUUUUUUAAUUUUGGGCAUAGUCAGAGGCCUCCACCUGACUGGGUGUUUCAGAUCCCCCGGGGGCCUCUGGCAGCCAGCCCUUUGAGGUGCACAGCAGUGGUCUGUAGACACAUCUGCUGAUCUUCAUCUUGCUGUGUUCCAUUUGCUAAGAUUGGGAUCAUUCAUUUAACGUGUACUGACUGCUAUCAAAGGCACCCAGAGAGUUAGUCACAGAAUAAAGAGCGUCCUCCCAGAUGAAAACAUUCCUCUGGAACCAACUUCCGUCAGGAAGGGUUUAGAAGACGUAGUGUUAAAGAGGCCUAUGGAAAUUGUGCCCUCACUUCUACUUGUUUUUUUGUUUGUUUGUUUGUUUGUUUGUGUGCUGUUUUGUUUUUCAUUUAUAAUAAAAGGUUGACAUUGAUGUGGUACAACCUGCAAAUUAUUUUCAAUUCUGAGUUUCAUAUAAAACAUCAAAAUCAGUACACACCACUCCUUCGAAGUUUGGGUAAAAAAUUAUACAACCAUAUAUAUACUCAUUUUUGUAUUUUUUCUAUGUUGUGAAAACCAAAAUUGUAAUUUUAUAAGUCUUUGAUUCACUAAAAUUAUAUAAUUUAAAUGUAUUUUUUGUAUAUUUAGAAAUAAGGAGUUCAAAGACUAUGCUUAACUUUCUAUGCAUGCAUUUGGAAGCUGUUUUUACCUGAUAAUGUAGUAAUAAGUUGUAUUCAUAAGAUACUGAUCUGUGUUGCAUUUCAAAAUAAACUGGUGUGUGCUAUGCCUGGAUUUGAAAAACUGACUGACCAGUGAGUAGUGAUUUUCCACAUUAAACUGGCUUGAAUGUGAUGUUACAGGAAUAUGGAAGUGCGUCUGUUUU